CACCUGGCGGUCCCCGAGAUGGGUAUAUAACGACAAUCAUGACCCCUUUGGGAGUCAGUGUGUGUGUGUGGACCAUCUAGAACUCCCGAUAUCCAAUCGGUAUCUCCGAGGGAGUCGACGAACUUUAAUCCUCUUCACGAUGUGGACGAAGGUGGUGUUGGUGGCGCUGGCGUUGGGCAUUGCCAGCAGCGACUCGAGAGUGCGUCGUCAAGCCCCAGGAUACUCCUACCAACAGCCUGUUGGUGGCGAGGCAGUCCUCGGGGCAGGUGUAAGCGCAGGUGCUGGGGAUGGAUCAGCCGCAUCAGCUGGUGGACAAGGUGCCCUAGGAGGAGCUGGUGGAUCCGCGGCUCUAGGAGGAGCCGGUGGAUCCACGGCUCUAGGAGGAGCUGGUGGAUCAGCAGCUCUAGGAGGAGCUGGUGGAUCAGCAGCUCUAGGAGGAGCUGGUGGAUCAGCAGCUCUAGGAGGAGCUGGUGGAUCAGCAGCUCUAGGAGGAGCCGGCGGAUCAGCAGCUCUAGGAGCUGGUGGAUCAGCGGUUCUAGGAGCUGGUGGAUCCGCAGCACUGGGAGCUGGUGGAGGGCCAGCCACACCUUGGCCACCUCUCAUGCCAUACCAGUUUGCUUUCGAAGUUAAGGACACUGCAUCGAAUAACUACCAAAAUCGAGUCGAAUUUGUGGAAAAUGGAGUCUUGCAGGGAAGCUACAGCCUUCUGGGACCUGAUGGCGUCGUGAGAACUUCCAUUUAUUCAGAUGAUGGAAACUCUGGCUUUAAGGUUACUCUACACGAGAUUCCAACAGACAUUGUUGUAGGAUCAGGCGCUUCAGCUAGCUCUGCAGCAUCUGCCUCAUCGGCAUCAAGCUCAUCAGCAGCAUCCAGUGCCUCUGCAGGAUCAGGUGGAUCAUUUGGUGGGUCAGGAUCAGCAGCAGCUGGUGCUUCAUCUUCAUUUGGUGGAUCAUCUUCGGCUUCAAGCUCUUCAGCAGCAGCUGGUGGUGGUGCUGGUGCUGCAGGUGCUGCAUCUUCUGGUGCAAGUGGAUUUGGUGGGGGAAGUUCAAGCUCAGCAGCUUCUGCUGGUGGAUCAGGAGGAUUCUCUGCUGGAGGGUCAGGAGCUGCAUCUGCCUCUGCUGGUGGAAGCGGCGUAGGAGGGUUCUCUGCUGGAGGACCUGGGGCGGCUUCUGCCUCAAGCACAGCUGGUGGAUCAGGAGGAUUCCCUGCAGGAGGGUCAGGAGCUGCAUCUGCCUCUGCUGGUGGAAGUGGAUUAGGAGGAUUCUCUGCUGGAGGGCCAGGAGCUGCAGCUUCUGCUGGUGGAAGUGGACUUGGAGGCUUCUCGUCUGGAGGAUCAGGUGCUGCUUCUGCCUCAAGUGGGGCUGGUGGAUUUGGAGGCUUCCCUGCAGGAGGAUCAGGAGCUGCAUCUGCCUCUGCUGGUGGAAGUGGAUUUGGAGGCUUCCCUGCAGGAGGGUCAGGAGCUGCAUCUGCCUCUACUGGUGGAAGUGGAUUUGGAGGCUUCCCUGCAGGAGGAUCAGGAGCUGCAUCAGCCUCUGCUGGUGGAGGUGGACUUGGAGGCUUCUCAUCUGGAGGGUCAGGAGCUGCAUCUGCCUCUGCUGGUGGUAGUGGAUUUGGAGGCUUCCCUGCAGGAGGGUCAGGAGCUGCAUCUGCCUCUACUGGUGGAAGUGGAUUUGGAGGCUUCCCUGCAGUAGGGUCAGGAGCUGCAUCUGCCUCUACUGGUGGAAGUGGAUUUGGAGGCUUCCCUGCAGUAGGGUCAGGAGCUGCAUCUGCCUCUACUGGUGGAAGUGGAUUUGGAGGCUUCCCUGCAGGAGGGUCAGGAGCUGCAUCUGCCUCUGCUGGUGGAAGUGGACUUGGAGGAUUCUCUGCUGGAGGAUCAGGUGCUGCUUCUGCCUCAAGCGGGGCUGGUGGAUUUGGAGGUUUCCCUGCCAGAGGACCUGGAACUGCUUCUGCCUCAGCUGCUACAGGUGGAGUAGGAGGAUUCUCUGCUGGAGGGUCAGGAGCUGCUUCUUCCUCAGCUAGUACAGGUGGAGUAGGAGGAUUCUCUGCUGGAGGGUCAGGUGCUGCAUCAGCCUCGGCUGGUGGUAGUGGAUUGGGAGGAUUCUCCGUGGGAGGCGUAGGUUCUUCUUCAGCCUCAGCUGGUACAGGUGGAUUUGGAGGAUCAGGGGCUGCUUCUGCAGCUGCAGGAGGUCUAUCACAUGGAUUUGGAAAUGUACCUAUAUUUGUUAUACAAUCUAAUGCCCUUGGCAGUGGUGGAGGAAGCGGCGGGGUUGUAUCAAGCGUAGGAGGAGGCCAGCCAAGCUUUGCUGCCCUUGUUGGAGGCCCAGGUGUAGGAACCUCAAGUGUUUCUGCAGGAUCAUCAGGCGGAGGAUCUGUUGUCACUGUUGGUGGAAGCAGUGCUCCUAGUUUUGCAGCCCUUGUAGGAGGUCCUGGCAGUGGAUCAGCUGGUGCCUCUGCUGGUGCUUCAGCUGGUGCCUCUGCUGGUGCCUCUGCUGGCGCUUCAGCUGGAUCUCGAGGCCCUGGUAGUGGACAGGUUCCAGUUAUUAUUGUUGAUCAAAACAUUCUUGGUGGAGCAGGAGGUGGCUCAGGGGCAGCUAGUUCUGCUGCCUCAGGUAGCUCUUCUGCUAGUGCAGCCAGCAGCAGUUCAGCUGGAGCAGGAUUUGGGCGUGGGGUAGGCUCAGGGUUUUCUGCAGGUUCUGCAUCUGGAGCAUCUAGUGCCGCAGCAUCAUCUUCAUCUGCUGGUGGUGUAGGAUCUGCAAUCAUAAAGAGAGGCCCUGUUGUAGCUGCUCAGAUUGGUGCGCCUGUUAACAUAGUGUCUUCUGGUUCAGGAGCCAGUGCAGCCUCAGCAUCAUCAGGAGGCAGAGGAAGUACUUUUGUAUCUACAAUUGGGGCUCCAGUUGGUGGUGCAGGUUCCUCAUCUGCAGCAUCAGCAAGUUCAUCUGGUGCCUCUUCAGGAGUGGUUGUUGGACCUGUUGCAUCCCCCUUAGUCUCUACACAGAAAGUUGGUAAACCAGUACUAGCCCAAACAGGUGGGGCCUUCAGUGCAGGGUCCUCUGCAGCAUCUGCAGCAUCUGCAGCAGCUGCAGCAAGUGCUGCAUCAUCUGCUGCCAGGGUAUCUACCCCGAAAGUGGUUAGUGUACCAGUCUCAGCUCCUGUUGCCUCACCAUUAACAUCAAGUGCCUCUUCAGCAGCAUCCUCAUCUGCCAGUUCAUCAUCUAGUGCUGCAGCUGGAAGUGGAGGAAGUGGACGGCUAUCAGUUGGCACUGCUCCAGCAUCUGCAUCAUCAGCAGCUUCAUCAUCAGCUGCUGCAUCAUCUCUUGGUGCAGGUGUCUCCGGCUCUUCAGUAGGUGGCAAUAUUCAGGGAGUACCUGUGAUUCUUCUGAACCAACACGGUGGAGCUGGAAACCUAGCUGACUUUGCAUCAGUUGGUGGAGCCAGAUUCUUUGGCGGAGGACAUCCAACCGGCUUAGCAACUGCCUCUGUACCUCUUGUUACAAGUGGUGUACAUGUAGUACCUAACCCUGGUGCAGCUGUAGCUUUUGGAAGCCAUACUCCGGUAGUUCAUGCAAGCGCACCUUUGGUACAUGCAUCUGCCCCACUUGUACACAGUGCCCCUACAGGCUUAGUAGUGGGAACCCAUGGUAGCCACGCCAGUUUUCCUGGUUCUGGAGGUUUAGUAGUGGGAACCCAUGGUAGUCAAGCCGGUUUUCCAGGUUCUGCAGGUUUAGUAGUGGGAACCCAUGGUGGUCAAGCUGGUUUUCCUGGUUCUGCAGGUUUAGUAGUGGGAACCCAUGGUAGUCAAGCAGGUUUUCCUGGUCAAAGCCUCUUCGUAAGUAGUCCUGUAGCAUUUGGUCAUGUUCACGGCAAUCAUCUCACAAAUGCUGGAGCCAUCCAGGGUUGAAGUAAUGAACGAAAGUAGGAUAACAUAGUAGAACAUACCAGAACAGAAGACUAAUUUGUUAAAGCCAAGUUGACUCUGAAGAUGACUGUUCUCUCGCCAUUAGGUGGUAAUGAUUACACGACGGAAACUUGCAGUCAUAUACGAUAUCCUGCGUGGAUAUACGAGCAAAGAGUGCCAUUAAUGUUAUACUUGAUGAUAUGCAAAUGAGGAGAUUCAUCUACUGUCGGUUUCUCCUUCUUUAUUUUCAUGAUCACGCGUUAUAUUGUGAACCAGUCAGGUUACUGUGUUAAUUGUUUUAUGUGUUUAUGUACAUAUGUGUGUCGAAUGCAUUAUAGCUUAUUAGAAUAAAGAUUACCUUUAUGA